UCGCCAUAAAUUUACACUUAAAACUUAAUCUGUAUACAGAAACUAGCUCUGUUAAUGGCAAGAUUAGUGUUGGUUUUUGACUUCGACAAGACCCUCAUUGAUUGGGAUUCCGAUAAUUGGGUGGUUGAACAGCUCGGCGUUAAUGACGCUUUUCUUCGUCUUCUUCCUACCUUGCCCUGGAACUCUCUAAUGGAUCAAAUGAUGAUGGAGCUUCACUCCCGCAACAAGACAGUUGAGGAUAUUUCUGAGUGCUUGAAACAAAUUCCAAUUCAUCCCAACAUUAUCUCUGCAAUUCAAUUUGCCCAUGCUUCUGGGAGUGAUUUGAGGAUAGUAAGUGAUGCAAACACUUUCUUUAUCGAGACAAUUUUGGAACAUUAUGGACUUAUGCCCUACUUCUCUGAAAUAUACACAAACCCAGCUUAUGUUGAUGCAGACAACAGGCUUAGAAUCUCACAGUACCAUCAUUCUAAAUCAUUUUCUCAUGGCUGCACCAUCUGCCCUCCUAACAUGUGCAAGGGCCUGGUGAUUGAUAAAAUUAGAGCUUCUAUUUCUGAUGGAGAAGGAAAAUGCAUGAUUUAUGUUGGUGAUGGAACUCCUGAUAUUUGUGCAACAUUAAAGCUUGGACAAGGAGAUUUUGUGAUGCCAAGGGAGAAAUUUCCACUAUGUGAAUUUAUUUCUAACAAUACAACCCUUAUUAAGGCUGAUAUCCAAGAAUGGAGUGAUGGUGAAGAACUUGGCACAAGACUGCUCAAUUUAAUCACCACCAAAGUCAAUAUAACAAGUGAUUUACCGGUUGUUGACUGUAAAUCUCAGACAAAUUUAAUCUCUACCCAUGAUUCAUAUACCAUAAAUCUUGGAACUAGUAGCUAAGGAUGUGCAAAAACCAAAUCAAUCCAAACCGUAGCUUCUAAUAUAAGCUAAGCUGAAAUAACCAAAUCGAAUUAAUUCUUUAAAAGUUUGGUUUUGUUCGGUUCAAGUACAUCCCUAAUGAAGAUAUUAAAUAUGCUGAAAGAUGUCGUGUUAGGGUCUGAUUUGCAACUGUAAUAAUUUUCAUAAGAAAGUGAUGGUGAUUUUCAUGGAAAGUGAUUUUAUAUGAUAAAAUGCAUCGACUAAGUAUUUUAUAUUAUAUGACUUGAAAAAUAGAAUCGUUCAUUGUAAGUGACAUUAAAUAAAUAAUAAAUGAAUAAAGAACCAUUAUGGUCCUUAAAUUUAUGCA